CACUCAUUUGUAUUGUUCAUUGCUUUUUGAAUCUCCUUUCCUAAUCUAUAUGCAAGUAUGGCAUCCUGCCAGCCGUAUCUUAGCCCACGUCUGCAGGGACAGAUUGUGAGUGGCUUCUGCAAGCCCUAUCCUCAUCUUAAUCUGGGUAUCACAACUAACAAGGAAAAUCUUGUUCCCUUCGAUUGCAAGCUAACGAUUGCUGCCCGUAAUUCCAAUGACCCAACUCAGAAGUGGGUGAUAGUAGAGACAGAGAGUGAUAAUGAUAGUGAUAAAAACGCUUUUGCCUUUGUGAACGCGUCCACUGGGCAUGCCAUUUGUGCUAAGGGUGACGAGGUUGUCUUGAUAGAGUAUAAGGUUGAUAAUGUUGAUAAGAGUUUGCUCUGGACUCUGAGUGAGGAAAUUGGAGAUGGGUUUAAGAACCUAAUUAGCGCAGAUGGCAGGGUUUGGACUUUAGAGUCUGGUGACCAGGGCAUUAAAAUUAUGCUACGGACCAGCAACGGCCAGGACAAUCAGCUCGGGAAAUUCCUUCCCUCUAACUAGAAGGAUUAUCAUAUUAUAUGAUGAAUGGAGAUAUAUAUUUGCUAUUACGUAGCUUACACUAAAGGUUAGUGUAGUUUGGGGAAAUCAGGAGUACAUUUUGUAACGUCUAAUUACUAUAAAUAAAGGUUGUCUAAAGUUUAUAGUA